AUGCAGAUAUUACGCCGAAUUGGUGAAGGUGGCUAUGGCCUAGUUUUUCAAGUGUUUAAUAUACAAAAUCCAAUUCAAAUGGCAGCCAUGAAGACUGAACCGAUUGGUAUGCUAAGCGACGAUCAAAUACUAAAAAUGGAAGUGCAUGUUUUAAAAAAACUUGACAAAUCACAGCAUGCAUGCAAAAUUUAUGCAGCAGGAAAGGAUGAGAAUUUUUAUUUUCUAAUUAUGACUUUAUUAUCGAAAUCAUUAUCCGAUUUGCGAAAACACUGUCCAAAUCAGCGUUUUACAUUGUCAACAUCGGUGAAAUUAUGCAUGCAAUGUCUGGAAGGAAUCGAAGAUUUACAUAAUGUUGGAUUUAUCCAUCGUGAUGUAAAACCAUCAAAUUUUGCUAUGGGACGUAAACCAUCAGUAAUACGUACUGUAUUUAUGCUUGAUUUUGGUCUUGCGAGACAAUACUGUAUAAUGGACGAUGAAGGUAAUAUGAAAUUACGUGAACCACGUAAAACAGCACCAUUUCGCGGUACAAUUCGAUACUGUUCGUUAAAUGUUCAUCGUCGUGAUGAGCAAGGACGCCACGAUGAUUUAUG